AUGGGAGAGAUGGCAGAUCCAAUCCAGUUAAAAGAUGAGGGAAACAAGCAUUUCCAAGCCGGUGAGGUGGACAAGGCCAUUGAGUGCUACACAAAAGCCACCAAGUUGUGCAAAGACAAAAAGGUGCUCGCUGUCAUCUACAGGAACAGAUCAGCCUGCUUCCUGAAAAAGGAAAGCUACACCAAUGCAGCCUCUGAUGCCUCCAAAGCCAUUGACAUGGAUGCAGCAGACGUCAAAGCCCUGUUCCGGCGGUGCCAGGCUCUGGAGAAGCUGGACAAGCUGGACAUGGCCUUCAAAGACGUCCAGAGGUGUUCCAUCAUCGAGCCCAAAAACAAGACCAUCCUGGAGACACUCAGGAGGCUGGGGGCGGAGAUCCAAGCCAAGGUGUGCUACCAACUGGGACCAUUUAGUCGGGUCCAGAACAUGUUUGACAUUCUGCUUGAUGAGGAGAUGGACAAGAAGGAAAAGGCUGCUAACAACCUGGAGGUUCUGGCCAGAGAAGAUGCUGGCGCUGAGAGAAUCUUCCAGAACAACGGAGUGCCUCUGCUGCUGGAUAUGCUUGAGACCGGAAAAGUAGAGAUGGUCCUGGCCGCUAUCCGUACCUUCGCGGGAAUGUGCACUGGACACAAAGCACGGACCAUGGCCAUUAUCCACCUGGUGGGCAUUGACAAGCUGUGCAGCAUCAUGGCUGUCGACAAUGAGGACAUCGCCUUGGCAACUUCCGACCUGUUCCAGUGCAUCAACGACUCCCUUACCGGAGGAGACCGGAGGAUUUAUGGGAAGGAGGAAGCCCUGGUUUUGGAUGCAAGCAAAAACUUGAAGAGCAUCCUGAUGGCCCUGCUGGAGAUGGUUGCCAGUAAGAAGGUUUCAGGACACGGCAGAGACCAGGCCCUGAACCUGCUGUGCAGGAACGUGCCUCGCAAGGACAAGAAAGACCAUGACCACUCCAAGAGCCUCUUCACCAUUGACCAUGGUGAGCGAAAGAUCCUGAAGGUGUGUGGCCAGAUACCUGACCUCCCAGACCAGCUGCCCAUGACGGAGAACACUCAGCUCAUCGCCAGCGUGUUGCUUGACAAGCUCUGGGACGACCUGCGCUGCGACCCCGAGAGAGACCACUACAGGGAAGUCUGUGACGAGUACAUCAAAGGCAAGUUUGACCCCAACGACAUGGACAGGAACAUCCACGCCAUCAACACUCUGUCAGGCCUGCUGCAGGGGCCAUUUGAGGUUGGCUACCAGCUGGUGGGUCGCCAGGGCAUCAUGGAGAUGAUGGUGGCGCUGUGCGGCUCUGAGCGUGAGGUGGACCAGAUGGUUGCCGUGGAAGCGCUGAUCCACUCCUCGACGAAGAUGAGCCGCGCCUCCUUCAUUAUCACCAACGGCGUGUCGCUGCUCAAAGACAUCUACAAGAAGACCAAGAACGAGAAGAUCAAGAUCCGUGCGCUGGUGGGCCUGUGUAAGCUGGGCUCAGCAGGUGGAGAUGACUAUAGUAUGAGGCAGUUUGCUGAGGGCUCCACUGAGAAACUGGCCAAGCAGUGCAGGAAGUGGCUGUGUAACUCUGCCAUGGACACGAAGACCAGGAAGUGGGCUAUAGAAGGUCUGGCCUACCUGACCCAAGACGCUGAUGUAAAGGAUGACUUUGUUGAGGUCAAGCCUGCCAUGAAAGCCAUGUUUGAACUGGCCACGUCUAAAGAUAAGACCAUCCUAUAUGCUGUGGCCUGUACCCUGGUCAACUGCACCAACAGCUAUGAGAAGAAAGAGAUCAUGCCUGAGCUGGUUCAGCUGGCCAAGUUCUCCAAGCAGCACGUCCCAGAGCAGCACCACAAGGACAAGAAGGAUUUCAUCCAGAAGAGAGUGAAGAGGAUGCUAAAGGGAGGGGUCAUCUCAGCUCUCACUGUCAUGGUGAAAGCUGACAACCUUCUCCUGACUGACCAGACCAAAGAGAUGCUGGCAAGGGUGUUCCUUGCCUUGGCAGAUGAUGCCAAAGACCGUGGCACGAUUUGCGCCCAUGGAGGGGGCAAGGCUCUGAUCCCAUUGGCUCUGGAGGGAUCAGCUAUAGGGAAAAUAAGGGCCUCCCACGCCCUGGCCAAGAUCGCUGCUGUGUCCAACCCAGAGAUUGCCUUCCCAGGAGAGAGGAUCUAUGAGGUGGUGCGUCCUCUGGUCAGCCUGUUGCACCCUGAGAGAGACGGGGUGCAGAACUACGAGGCACUUCUGAGUCUCACCAACUUGGCUGGUCUCAACGACAAACUGAGACAGGCAGCCACAGAGUGCAUGUGCAACCUGGUGACGUGCAAAGAGGUGCAGGAUCGGUACCUGGAGGAUGGGAAUGAUAGGCUGAAGCUGCUGGUGCUGAUGUGUGCUGAGGACGAUGAAAAGCUCCAGAGAGCUGCAGCCGGAGCACUGGCCAUGCUCACUGCCGCCCAGAAGAAACUGUGCACCAAGAUGACCCUGGUGACUUUGCAGUGGAUGGAGUUCCUUCAGAGGCUCAUUCUCCAUGACCAGCCCCAGAUCCAGCACAGAGGCCUGGUGAUUGUGUACAACAUACUGAACUCGGACGACAACGAGCUAGCCAAGAAGCUGAUCGAGAGCAAGAUCCUGGAGAUCCUGACAGUGAUUGGCAAAGCAAUGGACAACCCCAAGAGGCAGCUUGUGAUCGAUGUGGCACGCACCUGCCUGGUCAAGGCCAUGGACCUCGGCCUCAUUAAGCCAUUCACAACCCCUUCUUAAAGCAGUGUUUCUUAAGCUUUUUAUAGUACUACGGACUGGCUUGCAAUGGACCUACUCCCUUAAAGGCGCAACCCAAUCAACCAGAAACAAAUCACACAGAAAUAAGAACAUGUAUGACAGUUCCAUUUUAGUCCAAUGAGUGUGUAUAUUUGGUGGGUACACUUGCAAACGCCCAUACCCCUCACUGCCCACAGUCCUCCCAAAGUGUCAGGCCAACACUUGUUACAGUACAUUGGACUUACAGUUUGUGCCUUUUAAUGAAAACUGCAACGUGUGAGCUAAUUACAGUCUGCCUAACUUGCUGAUCAGAUACACCCCACAGAUUGAGGUCCAGAGACUGAAGAUUGAGAAACUCUGUGUUGAGUGUGGGCCAAUGGACAGGGAGGCCAGGAGAUGGGACUGAUGGUGCACCUGAACAGCCACCUAUCAUGAAAUCAGAGACAGUACAAAUUAAAUCUCUUGAGAUAUUUUAUUUAGAAUUUUCAGAAAGAAAACACCACGUGAACGUUUAACCAUUUGUUAGAAAAGAUAACAAUGCCUGUCUUGGCAUUAGAGCUCUGUCCUGCAGGGUAGCUCACUGCCAGAGCCAAGCGUCAUAUGAAUGUUAUAAUAAAACUAUAGGCAGCGAGCACGAUACGCUAUAUCAAAUCCCCCCCGAAGGAAGAAACAGAACCCACAGGUGGAGGCUGGGCUGGUGGUGGGACAUCAGAAACAGAACCCACAGGUGGAGGCUGGGCUGGUGGUGGGAUAUCAGAAACAGAACCCACAGGUGGAGGCUGGGCUGGUGGUGGGAUAUCAGAAACAGCAAGCAUAGCGAGUAACAGCUAGUUACAGCAGCAAGAGACAACAGCGCAUGAGAGCGUGUGACAUCCAGCAUUGGGGAAGCAUGUGCAGAACUGGUGGACUUCAAUAGACCGCAUGUAAUUCAUGGGAAUCCAACUGGUGCAAUAUCCGCUGAUGCGAUCAGCUGAAGCCACCACACUCAUGUUUCCCUUCUGAACCAGCUACACUUUAUAUAGAUUUUUUUGUAAGUUAAGUAGAGUUUAUUUGUGUGGAUAAGAGGUGUUUGUUUAAUGUUAUUUGUAUUUUACACUUAAGGAUAAAGAUGAGAAUUUUGACUAUUGUC